GCCAGAGGCGGAAGCGACGCGCGGGGCCAACACCACCGCGCGCCGCCAUCAUGAGCAACCGCGUCGCCGCGUCGACGACGUACUCCCCGCGGCGGUCGCGGUCGGGGAGGACGACAAACUCCGUCGCGGCGUACACGGACUACGACGAGCGCGACGACGACGUCGAGCGAGCGCGGUCGUACGCCGCGAGUGGGAGCUACGCGGAGAGCGAGCUCGACAGCGCGAACGGUCUUCCGGAUCCGUACGACGAGUGGGACUACGCCGAGCGCGGGCCGAUGGCUCGGAUGCAAGACGCGAAAAAGCGCGAGAAGGAGGCGGACGAGGAGCGCCGCCGACGCGGCGAGGUCUUCGACGCGGGACCAACCUUCGGUGGUAACGGCGUGCCGCCCGGGGACGUCACGACGGCGAACCCGGCGGGAAUCAAGAGCCCCAGGAACACGAAGCACGGCGCGCGGUACUCCUCCGGCAAGGCGAAGGCGAUCGCGCGGUGGCACGAGACGAUACCGCACGAGCUCGACUUUGUCGGCCCGGAGAGCUACCCCAGGCGGUUCCGCGACGGGUGGGGCGUCUACAUCAUGUGCGUGCUGACCGCGCUGUGCCUCAUUCUCGGCGCGGUCGCGAUCGAGAGCGGCGACGACGCGUACCUGUGGUACCUGAAUAACGCUCAGGCGCGUUCUAUCUCACACUGGUCCCCAUACGACCCCGGCGCGCUGUGCGGCGCCGGCGAAGGCGUGGGCGGGUCGAGGUACCUCUGGCAUCCGAACGACACGUCCGGGAGCGACAGGGACGCGGUCUGCGUGGAGAAGUGCCCGACGAUCGGGCAGCAGAUGUGCGUCGGCGGCGGGAAGGGCGUCGUCGCGAGCGGUCGGCGGCGGUUUAGUAGGCGGAGGUUGCUCGAAGAAGAAGCCGACGACGACGAUUGGACGGAUGACGAUGAUCGGACAGAGACUACGGGACCCACACGGUCGCUGCUCGCGGCGGCGCCGCCCGCGUCCGACUGCGCCGGCGGCGUCUGGGUCGAGGCCGCGCUCGAUUACUCCGCCGCGUUCCACGCGUGUGUCCCGGCGAAGAUGGCGGAGCAGUCGCAGCCCGCGUCGACGCGACAAGCUACGAUCGACGCCGCCUUUAAGAUCGCGUCGGAGCCGGUGAACACCCUGGAGCGGUUCGUGAGCAACGUGGCCAUAGGCGACGUGCUCACGGCGAGAUACGCCAUCGUGCUCGGCAUCGUGAUCUCCUUCGUCGUCGCGUACGUGCUCGCGCUCGUGCUCGAGGGCGACGCGUUCGCGUUCACGAUCGUCUCGUGCGUCGGCGGCGUCGCGGUGACGAUAUUCGGGGGGCUGUGCAUGUGCCUGGCGGCGUCGCCGCUGGCGUCGAGCGAAGCCGUCGACGACGUCGCGAAGAACGACGUCGACGCGCGUCUCACGUACGGCGAGCACCUGGACACCGCGUGGCCGUUCCUCGGGGCGGUGCUCUUGCUCAUCGCGGUGUUCCUCGUGGGCGUGCUGUUCGUCAAGAGGAAAGCGUUGCACGUCGCGGUGCUGUUUUUGGACCAGGCGGCGGAAAUCUUACAAAACGCCGAGCUCAUGAUGACCAUCGUGACGACGACGACGAUCCCGCUCGUCGCCGUCAUGUCCUUCUUCGGCACCGCGUUCGUGUACCUCUCCGCGCUCGCGUCCGAGUCGAUGGGGACGGAGUACGAUGAGAAUACCGCGCCGAUGCACAUCAUCUACCGCGUCCUCAGCGCGCUCGUCGUCGUCGGCGCGGCGUGGUGGAUCCUGUUCAUCGUGCUCUGCGUGCGCUGCGUCGUCUCGAUGCACGUCUGCGCGUGGUUUUGGAGCAAAGAGCCGAGGAACGAGCGGUGCCGCGAGACGACGUUUUACACCGCGCUGCACCGGACGCUGGCGUUUCACGCCGGCUCGCUCGCGAUGCUCGCGACCUGGAUCCUUCUGUACGCGCCGAAGCAGCUCGCGAGCCGCGCGUACUACUUGACGUUUAGGCGGAAGGGCGGCAGGGGCGCGUGGAAUCCCGGGAACGACGCGCUGGCGUACCAGCCGGGCGCGGUGUGCCAGAUCGCGCUCCACGGAGUCGCGUUGAAGCGCGCGGCGCGGUACCAGCUGCACCUUAAGAUGCGCCACGGCCCGCUCGUCGACUUGUGCUUCGACGCCUCGCGGUCCGUGCUCGUGUGCGGGUGCUUGCUCACCAUGGGCGCGACCGUGAGUUGCGUCGCGAUGCUCUUGCACGUGAGCUUCCUCGUGGCGCAGGACGAUUUGAACAACUCGUUAUUUCCCGGAUUAUUCGCCGCAGCAUUCGCCGCGGCGAUGUUCUCCGCGUUCGUCGUCGCGUUCACCGAGGCGAUGGAGACGCUCGUGCAGUGCUUCUGCGAGGACACGGAGCGCAACGACGGCAGCAUGGGACGGCCGUAUUACAUGCCCAAGUCGCUCCUGGUGUUGGUGUUGGAAAAGGUGCAGGGGCGAAAGACGCCGACGACGGAGGACGCGGACGCGUUUUACGCGGAGAAGAUAAAGGCGGAGCAGUCGAGACGGAAGGAGGGGCGGCGCGAGCGGCGGCGGCUCGCGACCGCGGAGGAGGAGCGGCGGCGGAGGGAAGAGGAGCGCGCGGAGCGCGGGCGGAACACGUGCUUCGGGUUGUGUUAGCAGCGUUCGAUGAGGACUUUGACGCGAUGCUUAGAGUAAAUAUAAUUACAAUCACGCGCCGCCUGCCGCGGAUGGCGACUGACGGCGCGUGAUGAGAAGGGCGCGCGACGAGGAUCCGCGCGCGUCCGCGACG